UAGGGUUUAUGGCUAUGGAGAGCGUCCAGUCCAUCGCGGAGAGGAGCUGCGGAUCCAUUCCAUCCUGCUUUGUUCGGCCGGAAUGCGAGCGCCCGGGUCUAGCGCACGACGCAUUCUUCCAGGAAUCGUUCCCAGUGAUCGAUAUUUCGGGGCUGGGAGAGGGAUCAGAGCGCGAGCGCGCCGAGAUUGUGAGGAGGAUCGGCGCCGCCUGUACGGAUUGGGGCUUCUUCCAUGUUACGAAUCACGGCGUGCCCUUGCAGCUCAUGGAUGGAAUGCGACGAGCUGCCGAGAUUUUCUUCGAGAGGCCGAUGUGUGAGAAGCUCCAAUUCUCGACUCCUCCUGGAGAGAUGGCCGCCGAGGGCUUCGCGAACCGGAUGCUCACUCGGGACGAUCAGGUCUUGGAUUGGAGAGAUUAUCUCAACCAUCACGCGCAUCCCAUUUGGAGGAGGAAUUCGAGCAAUUGGCCUCACGAACAAUCUUACAGGCAAAUGAUCGAAGAGUAUAGCGCUCAAGUGCUCGCCCUCUCGAGGCAAUUGCUUGCUGCUAUCUCCGAGUCCCUGGGACUUGGGUCCAAAUUCAUCGAGGACGCGAUCGGGGAGCCAUUCCAGAACAUAGUGAUGAACUACUAUCCGCCAUGCCCCCAGCCGGAUCUAACUCUCGGCCUACAAUCACACUCCGACUUCGGUGCCAUAACUUUGCUCAUGGAAGAUCACGUCGGUGGCUUACAAGUCCGGAAGAACGGCCGAUGGUUUGCUGUCAAGCCUGUUCCAGGGGCGUUCAUCGCAAAUCUAGGCGACCAAGUUGAGGUCCUUAGCAAUGGACGAUACAAGAGCGUGGAGCACAGGGUCGUCGUGAACUCCACGAAUAAAAGAAUGGCGAUUGCUGCGUUCUACGAUCCCUCGAAGAACACGAGGAUCUCUCCCGCUCCGGAGCUCAUUGACGAGCAAAAUCCUCGCCUCUACGGUGAAGUUCUCUUCCGGGAUCACGUCUCGGAUUUCUACUCCAAAGGACCAGAAGGAAAAAGAAAUCUAGACUCGAUUGCGAUCAUCCGGCAAUGAAUGCUGAUUCUUGGGCAAAAUGGCAGUUUAACCAUUCCUUUAUUAGCUCAAGGCUAUUUUUCCGGA